UCGCGCGGCCGGCCAGGCGAACUCUCGGUGCCAUUGCUCUUCGGCCGUAACGCAGAGAUCAACUUGUAGUAUAUCUUCGAACCGGCAUUCAGGAAGGAAUCGGCGUUGCAGUGCAGCGGUAUAUUCCCGCGUGCAAGUGUUAGAGUGGAAUCAUGAGGGUGAGAAAGGUUCCGAAGGCCGAGGUGGAGAAACCAGCCACAGAUGCCAAGGAAGAGGAAGAGACCAACGGGGAUGCUGCCCCGCCAGCCAAGAAGGCCAAGGCUGAACCAGCCAGGACGCGUCCCCAGCGUGAGAGCAAGUCGGCGGGUGGACGGCGUGUGAGCAGCCUGGAGGCGGCUGCCAAGGAGGGUGAGGCCCUUCUCAAGGAACUCGGCCACAAGGACAGCAGCGACCCGGACAGUGGCCGCAGGCGCACACGCUCCCAGACGCGGGGCACCCCGGCUGCUCCACCCGCACGGCAGCAGCGCCAGACCAGGGCUGAGCCUGCACGGAAGACCCCUACUAAGCCGGCCCGCGGUGCUUCCAAGAAGGCCGCUGCCUCCAAGCGCAGCAAGAAGGACGAGGACGAAGAUGAGGAAGAGGAGGAGGCAGCCUCUGCUGAGGAGGCCUCGACAGCGGCCACCAAUGAGGACGAGUUGGCCGACAGCAAAGACAAGAAGGACGAGAAGAAAGACGAAGUGAACAAUGACGAGGAUGUGGGCAAGGCCCGGCAAGCAGACUCCGAGGACGACGACGCCGACCACAAGGAGGAGCCAGAGGUCAACAACAAGGAAGAGAAGACGACCACGGACAGCAGCAGCAGCAAGGCGGCCACAACGACAACCGACGGAAAAGCGGACGCCGAGCCACCGAUUGCCAAGGAGAAUGCGAUCGCAGGGGACAGUGUGGCCACGCCGCCGGCUGCAAAGCCACCGGCCACCAAGCCACUGGAGGAAGUGGCUGCCUAGUGUGCAUGGUUGUCGUUGACGGCUGUGCACACUCUCUUGGAUCACACACCUCUUCACAUCAUCCCAAUGUGAAGCCUGUUUGUUGCAGGCUUUGAGAGCUUCUGGUGGGCAUUGGUGCUGCACCGGUUCUCCUUGGGUUCUUCUCUUUUCUUGAUAACAGUGUUUGAGCUAGGUCCACCUUGGCGAUGCGUGGAAUGGGUUUAAAUUGUUUGCACUUCCUGCUUGUGCCCUGUCCUCACCAGUCUUCUUUUUUUUUUGGGGGGGGGUCUGAACCAACAUCUGUAUUUAUUUGUCCUGUUGCAUAUUUAGUCAACUUCUCCCGUCAUAAAGUGCCGUGCAAGGCAGAUGAGUGUGCGAGCUGCUUGCCAUUUCUGCUGUUCACUUGCGACAGGGCCCUGUGUGAUGGGUGCAGAGUGCUUGCUUGGUAGAUAAGGCAAAGCAUUGGUUUGAAGUCCUAUGUGCUUGGGUGCGACUUGGCGCCAUCAAAUGCACCUACAGUGCUGCAUUGGUGGGGAGCCAUUUAUCUUGGUAUGUUGGCAACAGUUGCUACUUGCAUGUUCUGGCUGGCACUGUUUUAUUGUAUGCCUUGCAAAUAGUGAAUACGGCAUAACUUAAAUGAGUUGGUUCUGAUUGUUCAAUCGUAGAUGCCACUUUUGUUGACUGUCAGCUUGCUUGACUUUGAAUGUCAAUCGUGUAGUCGACAAGCACGCCUUUAGCAGCAAACAGGAUCCACAUUGGGAUUACAUUGAACAAAACGGCAAGAGAGCCAUGGCACUUUUGUUAUCAUUUGAUGACCCAGUCAUUCUUUUUUUUUUCCCUUCUCUUCCCCGAAAACUUUCAUUCUGUCAUUGGCUGCUGGAUAGCCACACUCGCGAUGGAAUAAUCGUUUACAAUGAAGUCCGCAGCUUGCCUGCAGUUUGAGUAGCCGUUGGAGAACACGGUGUUUGUCUGCCAGCACUGUCAACAGCAAGUGGGGUCCUCAUCGUACCAUCUGGUGCGACUUGUUGUUUGGCACGGGUUGAACUUGUAGUGUAUUUCUUUAGCUGCUUUUAUUACGCUUGUUUCCAUUGUUCAUCCACGAGUCGUGUUCAUUUUCUUUUUUGUUUGGUCCUGCAGUAUGGCUUAUGCAGCAGGAGGUGUGAUUGGCAAAGCGUGUGAAUUCCUCCCUCCCAAGUUUUUUUAAAAAGCAAAAUUGUUUUAAUACGAUGCUUCACAAUUUGUAGCUCUUUUGGAUGUUCUUCCUUACUGCUGGCUGCUGUGCACAAGGCCAAGCUUCUAUUCUGAAAGGGAUCAGGAUGCAGUGGCCAGUCUUGGCCUCAAUUCUUGUACUUCAGGGAAGGGUGUCACACCGAGAGCAGUGGGACUUGUGCUCCGCAGCCGCCAACACUAAGGGCUACCUUCUGAAAGACCAUCAUAGUUGUCCAAUCUUCCUUUUUUUUAUACCUGCGUUUAAAACUUGUGUGCCCCUUGGGCGGAGAGCAAGAAAGGGCAUCUGUGUUCAUUUUCUCUUUCAUUUAAUCAUGAUUGUAGUUGGCAAAAAGUUGAUGGAGGAUUUUCGCGUUGUAGAUUUGCAUUGCCCAUUCAAAUGGUAGUAGCAUAGCUGCAAGCUCCUGCUGCUUAUUUGGCAUGCCACUUUGCCGAGAAGUGAGGCCUAUGCACAUCAGUGGUUUAUGGAAAUUGGGAAGGACGCUAGUGUUUUAUUUUUUUGGCUUCAAACUUAAUGUGUCUGAAGAGUGUUAUGCUUAGUUUGCAAUUCGGCCUGGUGUAGCCUCUAUGACAUAAAGACAGGGCAGGUGUUUACUAUCUUUCAUUAGCUGCAGCCUCUUUUUUUUUUCACUGGACCCUUUCAGAAAGCCACCACUCCGAACAAAAUGUGUGGUGGUGCACUGUAAAUACAUGCAUUUGCUUCCUCAGCACCUUUGUCAAUUUAAUUCAGAUUGGCUCGUGAACUUGCUCAUUUUGGCUCAUUUCAGAUGUACUAUUCUUCAUGCUUUUUCGGGCGCACCCAUUGCGUGCCGCCAUUUAAAUAUUUUUUUGUUUGUUUUGUGCGCUGGUUGAUGAGAGGCAGGGACAAUGCGUGUGUGUGUGUGCGUUUGAAAGUGUGGGUGGCUGGUGCAUUCUUGCGCGUAAAGCUCUGGCUGUCCAAGCUGCUGCUUUUGCGCAGAGCUCAAGUCCUGGAAGCCUCAUCAAGUGAAGUGAGAAUGCUCUUUGGUCGUCUGGUGUUAGUCUGGCUGUGUGGGUUCUGUGAAAGGUUCCCCCUUUCCCCCCCCUCCCGUUCUUUUAGCGGUGGCAGCCUGUCCUUUUUAAGGAUUUAGCGUCACCUCUGUGAAACAAUGUACAGGAGCAAGCCUUGGUGUGUUGUGGAACCUACAUCCACUGCCGCUUCUGCUUGCUCAUGGUUGUGUUGUGGGGCUUGUGGGAUGGAGGGGUGAUCCCAAACAGAAAUAAUGCGUAAGCAAGCACUUGCAUGUGUGGUAUGGUGUUGGCCGGUGUGUUUUCUACUCCGUGCUGCGAGCUCACAUGUGCCAAUUGUCAUUGCAAAUGCAGUGGCAUGUAGUCGGACUGGUUCGGAUGGAUCUCGAAGAAGCUUGUUUUGCUACAAACCCUUUGUAUUGACUUGCUUGUCAGCAUUCGGUCCCUGCUACCAUGACUGAGUCUAUAAGGUAGUUUCACAACUGAGCUGAGUAAGCAAUCACUAUAUAAAUUACAUUUUCACUUUGUAGGAUCUUUAUUGGUUCUUGGCGGGUAAACCACUGCAAACUCGGUGACCUCACGCUUUGCAGAACUGUAGGAAACCGUCUCGAAAGAUUGUGUUUAGAUUAGGCUGGAAAAGGCAGUUGAGGCACUGGAUUUUGUUUUCGUGAAAGCUUAGUGUGCUGAACCUAAGCUCUCUCUUUAGUGUUUUGUCCGUCUUGAAAGCUGCAAACCUACGUAAUGUUUCUAAAGCAUGGGCCCAAGCGUGGAGUUGGUUUUCUUGCUAUUUUUGCACAUACCCUUGAACAUUGCUGUCAAUAAUAUGGUCCUUGUUCUCCUUGCAUCCUCCUGUCUGAGUGCUUUACGAAAGUGGCCGUUUUCAUCCUUUCACUCCUUUUCUAACAGCCAUGCGUUUUUGUAGUUGUACACGUUUCCAAUCAUUUGGUCUUUCAUCAUUUCAUUGUUUGUUUUUUCUAUUCAUUCAUGAUGAUGGCAAAUGUAAAUUCACAAUAAAGUUUCCAUCAAAGUA